AUGACGUCCAGGAUUGAUAAAACCAUCGCUCGCCAGCGAGAAAAGAUCGCGGCCGGUGCCUUCUACGAAGCCCAUCAACAACUGCGUGUUAUCGCCGCACGUUAUAUCAAGGCGUCUAACUGGGAUGCAGCAGCGGAUCUUCUGGCUGGUGGUGCAACUGCCUUGUUGAGAGCUGGAUCUCAGCAGGGUGCCUCGGCGAGUGGCGGGGAUCUGGCGAUUAUGCUGGUCGUCGAGGUAUACAACAAAGCAGAAUGGGAGAUCUCGGGGGAUACUAAUGAUGCAGAGAGCCGGAUUCGAAAGAAGCGUCUUAUCGAACUAUUGCGCGAAUUCCCAUCGGAAGAACCUACAAAGAAGCGUUAUAUCCAAGAGAUCAUUGGCUGGAGUGGGCGACAUGGACCGCUGGAGCGAGGAGACCCAGACCUGCAUCACGCCGCGGGAUCCGUCUACGCAGAGAAUAACGAGCCAUAUGAAGCCGAGAAGCAUUUGAUCCUGGGAACUUCGGAAUCGGCGGAGACCUUGGCGAAAAUUGAAUACGAGUGGUACACUCAUGACGAUCCACACACCGCAGCCCUCUAUGCCUCGCGCGCUAUCUUCCCAUAUCUCACAACAGGCAACCUUCGAAGUGCAAAUAAGGCAUUGCUCAUAUUCACCUCACGGCUCUCAGCAUCGAACCCGUCCCUUGGUGUGCAGGAAGUGAGCAGCGCUAGCUCUGAUGUCCGAGUAUACCCAGCUCUGCCAUUACUCAACUUCCUCAGCAUGUUGCUUCUUACAAUCCAACGUGGAAGCGCAGAUCUCUACCGACAGCUUAAUACCCACUAUGCGGCACAGAUUCGGGAUGUGGGAAUCUGGGACGAUCCGUUGGCCCAGAUUGGUGAGCUGUAUUUCGGGAUCAAGAUCCCACGGCAGGGUAACCCUUUGCUCGAUAUGAUGGGCAGCAUGUUUUUCGGUGGCCAGGGUCAAGGCAAUGCUGGUGGUAGCAGAGGUUCAUCCAGACCAGCAGCAAAGAAGGUUGAGGCACCUCCGUCGAACAUGGAGCUUGACUAA